AUGCCGCAACUGCUGGGGUUGGCAUGGCAUGUUGCGGAUGUACAAAGCGCCAGAGGGUCUAAUCCUCGUCAGCCCAAGUGGUCACCGUGGGAAUUUCCUCGCGAGAAGCUCAAGUUGCUCAAUGUCAUCGGCGAAGGGCACUUUGGACAGAACCCCUUCCACGUAUUUUACGAGGAUUGUGAAUUAUCUUGGAGUGACUCGCCAAAGAUUUCGAGCACUGGGAACAUUCCCACGAUGCAAAUUUCUAGCCUGGAGGGGGUGUGGAAGGCCGAAGCCGACGGGAUUUGCGGCUUCGAGGAGAUCUGCACGGUGGCUGUGAAAACCGUUAAGCCCGGCUGCGCAACGGAGCGCGAGAAGCGUGACUUGUUGCGGGAACUCAAGCUCAUGGAGCAGCUGAGUCCGCACCCCAACAUCGUCGCCCUCAUCGGCUGCUGUUCCCAAUAUGAGCCAUAUUAUUUGAUCAUGGAGUACGUGGUUCACGGGAAGCUGUUGACGUAUCUCCGCGACGCGCGGAAAAAGCAGUCGUACUACAACUUGGGGAAGGACACUUGGUCGUCGAUCCCAGAUGGGCACCAGGGAUUCGGGCCGGGUGUUCCUCGUGGUUGGUCGGAUCAGCUAAUCCACUCGGAAUCCGGGAGCUGGUCCGACAUUCAAAUCCCGGCUGAAGACCGAGGCGAGGUUUUGUCUUCCCGGGACUUGACCCGGUUCGCCUACCAAAUCUCCCGUGGAAUGGAGUACCUUUCGUCCAAGGGUAUAAUCCACCGGGAUUUGGCAGCCAGAAAUGUGUUGGUAGACCGGAACAAGGUGUGCAAAAUCGCCGAUUUCGGGCUCUCUCGACACGUGAGCUCGGGCGACUCGGAAUUUUACGAGCAGAAAACUCGGGUGAGCAAUGUCUUCUUACUCACGUAUGAAAUAUUAUUCCUGUCAAAAUUUCGUGUGUGGUCGAGAGGAGCGUUGCCGAUUCGUUGGAUGGCGCCAGAGUCGUUGUACGUGUCGAUCUUCACCACGAAGUCCGACGUCUGGAGCUUCGGUGUCGUUCUCUGGGAAAUCGUCACUUUAGGCUCCACGCCGUAUCCCGGGAUGUCUGCCCGCGAGGUGAUGCGACGAGUCCGCGAGGGCUACCGACUCGAGCGACCCAAGCACUGCAAGUCCGAGCUGUACAGAAUCAUCACCCGGUGCUGGCUCCACGAUCCCACCAAGAGGCCCGAAUUCACCGAGUUGUGCGACGAGUUGGCCAACCUCUUGGAGUCUCACACGGGCUACGUGGACCUGGAGAACUUCCCCUGCGACGAGUAUUACGACCUGCACGACGACGCGAGAUCCACUGGAGAAAAGAUUUGACGGAAGACGGAUCCCGAUUUUCCCUGCUC